GUUGUUUCCUUGCCAAGUCCACUGAGAUGAAGUAUAAAAGGCCGGUAGUGCUUUAAGCUUUACAGUUUUCGGGAGAAAACAAAGGGACUCCACUAGCUAUCUGUUCAAGAAUUUCUUCUGGAGACACAGGAUCUUAAAGUUCUCAACAUGAAGACGUUUGUGGUCCUGGCGUUCGUGUUGGCAGCUUUCUUCGCUCCAAGCGAACAACUGAACAUCGUGACCUGUGAGCAUCGGACCAUGGUCCUGACGUGCGGGGCCGAGGAGGAGAUGGUGGUGGUAGCCGCCAACUACGGCCGGACCUCCUCCUCUCCCUGCGGGGGACCCAUCCAGAACCUGCGCUGUUACGCCGGCAACAGUCUCCGGAUCGUCCGUAACGACUGUAACGGGAAGAGUGCCUGCAGGGUCACUGCAAGUAAUGCCGUCUUUGGAGACCCUUGCGUGGGGACCUUCAAGUACCUGGAAGUCAGCUACUACUGCAGGC